UUGAUUUACUCUUUUAUAUUUGCAGAUGGGAUGAGAGGGAUGGGCGUGGUGAGAUAAGCCUUGGCCUUCAGGAAAUUCACAUCCCGUUUAGUUCAGACCACAUCUGCAGAAGGUUUGGUUCGUCACAGAACAAAAUGGCAACAAAACACUCAAACACUAAAAGAAUUGAGGGACUGGACAAAAAUAUGUGGGUGGUCUUUUCUUCAAUGGCAGCAGAUCCUUCCGUAGUGAACCUGGGAGAGGGAUUUCCAGACCUGCCCCCUCCUCCGUAUGUCAAAGAGGCUCUGGCCAAAGCAUCAGCUGUAGAUCACAUCCACCAGUACACCAGAGUGUCUGGCCAUCCCGCUCUGGUGAAGGCUUUGUCUCAGGUGUACGGGAAAGUCUAUGGGAGAGCUAUAGACCCUUUCAAAGACGUCCUGGUGACUGUGGGGGGCUAUGGCUCCUUGUUCUGUACGAUACUGGGCCUGGUAGAGGAGGGAGAUGAGGUAAUUAUAAUAGAACCUUUCUUUAUCUGCUACGAGCCUAUGGUCCAGAUGGCAGGUGCGAAACCUGUCAUGAUACCACUACGUCUUAAACCCGGAAAGAAGAGCAUCACUAGUGCUGACUGGUAUCUUGACCCAGAGGAGCUUUCUAGUAAAUUUACCUCAAAGACAAAGGCCAUUAUAAUAAACACACCCAACAAUCCUAUUGGGAAGGUGUUCACCAGAGAGGAGCUGCAGAUGAUCGCAGACCUCUGUAUCAAACAUGACACUCUGUGCUUCAGUGAUGAGGUUUAUGAAUGGCUCAUCUACAAAGGACACCAGCACAUCAAGAUCGCCACCUUACCAGGGAUGUGGGAAAGAACUAUUACAAUUGGCAGUGCUGGGAAAACGUUUGGCAUCACAGGAUGGAGGCUUGGCUGGUCCAUCGGGCCGGAGCACCUGGUCAAGCACCUGCAGACUGUGAUGGAGCACACUGCAUACUCCUGUCCUACUCCUCUACAGGAGGCUGUAGCCCAGGGUCUGCUGCGCGACUGUGCUCUGAUGGGGCAGCCUGACUGUUACUUCAGCUCUCUGGCAGAGGAGCUCCAGGACAAGAGGGACCGCAUGGCCUCCAUCGUGCAGGCUGCGGGGAUGACACCCGUCCUGCCAGAGGGGGGGUACUUCAUGCUCGUGGAUGUCUCUCCUCUCAACGUGGACCUAUCUCAUAUGGAGGAUGAAUUUUAUGACAUCAAAUUUGUGAAAUGGAUGAUCAAAGAAAAGAAAUUGGCACCAAUGCCGGCAACAACAUUUGUGGGGAAUGAAUUGAAAAAAGAUUUUGAGAAAUACAUUCGUUUUUGCUUUAUUAAGAAAGACAGCACUAUAGAUGCUGCUGAAGUCAUUCUUAAGAAUCUUCUCUAA